AGCCAAUGCGAAAGGCUACCAAGAGGAAGCACCGUGGUCCUUUGGACAAGUUUGUGAUGUCUACGCCUCCAGACAUCUUGAAAGGCAGAAAGGAUAGGAAAGGGGUGUUUGGAGCUUGUGACAAGGACUUAAGAGACAAGGUGUGUGGCGCCAUAGCAAGGUGGUUCUUCGAUGCUGGGCUUCCUUUCAAUGCUGUCUCUCAUGACAGUUUCAAGGAGAUGACAAAGCUUAUUGGGCAGUAUGGUAUGGGGUUAAAGCCUCCUUCUCAGUAUGAGCUCCGGUUCCCUUUACUUCAAACAGAAGUCGCCAAUGUUCAAGCACUGCUGGCUCCUAACAGGGAAGAGUGGGCAGUGAAAGGAUGCUCAAUCAUGUCUGAUGGGUGGCGUGAUUCUGUGGUGCAGAAAGACAUCGUCAACUUUCUGGUUAACUCACCAAAAGGUUCUGUGUUCAUCAGGUCCAAAGAGGUUUCUGAAGUGGUGAAAGAUGCUACAAUGCUGUUCAAGCUACUUGAUGAUAUGGUUGAAGAAGUUGGUGAGAAGAACGUGGUUCAGGUUGUAACUGAUAACGCCUCAAACUACGUCAAGGCUGGAAAACUUCUUGAAGCAAAACGCCCACAUCUCUUUUGGACUCCAUGUGCUGCGCAUUGUCUUGAUUUGAUGCUGGAGGACAUUGGAAAGAUAGCUGCGGUGAAGACUGCAAUGAAGAAGUGCAUGUUUAUUAAUGCGUACAUCUACUGCCGUGUUUCUCUUGUGAACAUGAUGAGGAGGUUCACAGAUCAGAGGAACUUGCAUCGACCGGCUGUAACGAGAUUCGCCACUUCCUUCAUCACCAUGACCCAGUUUCACCUUCAGCAAGCUAAUUUGAAGAAGAUGGUGACUUCAGAGGAAUGGGAAAAAUCAAAAUGGCCCAAGGAAGCAGGAGCAAGGAAGCUGAAGCAGUAUAUCCUUCAAGAAGGGUUCUGGAGAAACAUAGCUUAUGCUCUGAAGCUAACUUCUCCAUUGGUGAAGGUGCUACGGAUGGUUGAUGGCGAGAAGAAACCACCAAUGGGGUACAUUUAUGCUGCUAUGGAUAGAGCAAAAGAAACUAUUGCUAAGAGUUUCAAGUUGAAGAAGGUGAAGUAUGAGAAGGUUUUUGAGAUGAUUGACAGACGCUGGGACUGUCAGCUACAUCAACCACUUCACGCAGCAGGUUAUUUCCUCAAUCCAGCUGUUCAUUAUGCUCAUCCUGCGGAUGUUUGUUGUGAGGAAGUGGAGCGUGGAUUGUAUAGCUGCAUCACAAAGCUGGUCCGAGAUCCUAUUGUGCAAGACAAGAUCAUGGUGGAGCUUGAAGUUUUUAAGAAUGCAAGUGGGCUCUUUGGUCUUCCCAUGGCGAUUAGGCAAAGAGAGAUUAAGUCACCGGGUAAC